UUACUUGCAAAACAAUGGCUGCUACUUUCGAUCAAUAUGACAAGUCCAGUUGGUAUUUUGGUGCAAUGUCACGUCAAGAUGCCUCGGAUUUACUCAUGGGUGAAAAAGAAGGUGGCGUAUUUUUAGUACGUGACAGCACAUCAAUACAUGGGGACUUUGUUCUAUGUGUACGAGAAGACAGCAAGGUUAGCCAUUAUAUUAUAAAUAAAAUUCAGCAGGGUGAUCAAAUACGUUAUCGGAUUGGAGAUCAAACGUUUCCUGAUAUUCCCAACCUUUUGGCUUUUUACAAAUUACAUUAUUUGGACACAACGCCACUGAUCAGGCCUGCACCCAAAAAGACACAGAGGGUAAUAGCAAAAUACGAUUUUGAAGGCAAUGAUCCAGAUGAUUUACCUUUUAGGAAAGGAGAAAUUCUUACAAUUAUAUCAAAAGAUGAAGAACAGUGGUGGACUGCUAGAAAUAGUCUUGGUCAAACUGGUUCAGUUCCAGUUCCAUAUGUUCAGAAGUAUGAAGAAGAUAAUCACUCUGUGAUUGAAAAUAAUUCACGUCCAGAAAGUGGGGGAACUUCAACUCUAAAUUCAAAUUCAGUUCAGGUUUCUGCUUCUCAAAUGUCUUACCCAGAAAGUGGACAAGGGACCACUCGCAGAUCCAAUAUUCAGCGAACAUUACCUGCUUUUGCAAAAGUGAAGCAAGCUAGGGUACCAAAUGCAUAUGAUAAAACUGCCCUAAAACUAGAAGUUGGGGAUGUGAUAAAAGUAACAAAGACUAACAUGAAUGGACAAUGGGAAGGUGAAUUACAUGGCAAGAUUGGCCACUUUCCAUUUACACAUGUUGAGUUUGUAGAUAAUGAGACUGGAGAAGACAGUCAGGAGAUUUAACGGAGGUCUUCCAAGUUUAAUGAAUAAUAAACUUAUCUUGGAGAGUUCUAUGUUGGCAGUUUAGGUUUAUACU